AUGGUUACGAAGGCACUUGAUGUAUCAUUUCCCAACUUGGAAAUCUUGAAACUCUCUGAGCUUUCCAAGUUGACGGAGAUAUGGGAUCGUCAACUUCCGCUCAGCUCCUUUUGCAAUCUACACAUCCUGGAAGUGAAGAAGUGUCCGUUCCUAUUUAAUGUUGUUCCAAACAAUUUGAUUGCAAGUUUACAGAAUUUAGAAAAACUAAAUGUGGAAAAAUGUGAUCAACUAAAGGAAGUGUUUGAUCUUGAAGGACUUGAUCAUGCUGAUUAUGACAAUGCUAGGAUGCUCUCAAAGUUAGAAGAACUGAAGUUAAUUGAUCUUCCUCAGUUGGGGCAUAUAUGCAAUAAGGACCUUCAGCAAAUUUCCUUCUUCCAAAACUUGAGAGUCCUACAGCUGAAGCAGUGUGGCAGCCUGACGUAUCUUUUUUCAGCUUCCAUGGCGUUGGGUCUUGUGCAACUUAACAACUUAUGGGUGGAGCAUUGUUCACAGAUAAAAGAAAUCAUCAAGGCAGAAGACGGGGUUGCAGACAAGAUUAUAUUUCCUCAAACAACCAAGCUUUCACUUCUAUCAUUGUCCAAGCUAACAAGUUUCUAUCUAAGAACUCAGGCUCCUGGGAUGCUCUUCAAUGAAGAGGUUGCAUUUCCUAGCUUGGGGGACUUGGAUAUCUCCAACCUGGAUAGUGUGGAAAAGAUUUGGCACAACGAGUUUGUUGCAGAUUCCUUUGGAAAACUAAAAAGACUAUCAGUACGGUCUUGUCAAAAACUGCGGAAUGUUAUUCCUUCCAAUAUGCUGAAGAGGCUACCGAGUCUACAAAUUCUGAAGAUAGUGGACUCUAAUUCACUGGAAGAGAUUUUUGAUCUGGAAUCCAUAGAUAGUAAAGAAAGUCAUGAUAUUCCUACGCUUCAGUUGCGAGAAUUGUGUUUAGAUAAUUUAGAGAAGCUGAAGUGUGUAUGGAAUAAGGCUCCUCAAGGACUUCUUACCUAUCCAAACUUAAAGUCUGUACAAGUUUCUCAUUGUCCAAGUCUUAUAAUUCCUUAUGAAGGUUAUGUAGUGAGAAGCCUUCUGCAAGUUAAAGAAGUAGAAAUGAAUUCUUGUGGAGUGAAGGAAAUUGUUUCACACGAAGAUAUAGCAAAAGUAGUGUCCAUGUUCUUUUUCCCUGAAGUGACCUCUCUGACAAGUUCCUGUCUAAAACAACUUGAAUGUUUCUAUCUGGGACUGCAUAAUUUGGAGUGGCCAAUGUUGAAGACACUGGAGGUGGAAAGUCAUGAAAGUUUGGAGAAAUUGGCUUCCAAACUUGAUAAGCCAGUUGAGCAACCCAUCUUCCUUUGUGAUAAGGUUGCGUUCCCUAACUUGGAGUUCUUGAAUCUCUCUCUCAAGUUGGAGAAGAUGAAGGAUCUUCAUGUUUUAUUCGGGGCCCUCUCUAAUCUAAAGUUCCUGAUAGUUGAAAACUGCCCAUUCCUAUCGAGUCUUUUUUCACCCCAAUUUAUACAGUGCUUAAACAAUUUAAAAAAGCUAACUGUGAAAAAAUGUGACCUCCUAGAAGAAGUAUUUGAUCUUAAGGGACUUGCUCAUGGUGAUAAUGAACAUGUUGAGAUGCUCUCCAAGCUAGAAGAAGUGAGCUUAAUUGAUCUACCUCAGUUGAGAGAUAUAUGCAACGACAGCCCUCCACAAGUUUUGUGCUUCCAAAACUUGAAAUCGCUACAAGUGAAGCAGUGCAACAGCAUGACGUAUCUUUUUUCACCUUCCAUGGUGUUGGGUCUUGUGCAACUCCAAGACUUACACAUAGAAGAUUGUCCCGCGUUGAAAGAAAUUUUUACCGUGGAAGGCAGGGAUACCAAUAACUGGCCCCCACAAGUUUCCUGCUUCCAGAACUUGAAAUCCCUACAGGUGAAGCAGUGUGACGGUUUGAUGUAUCUUUUUCCAUAUUCUGUGGCCUUGGGUCUUGGGCAACUCCAAGACUUAUGCAUAGACCAUUGUUCUAAGAUGAAAAAAAUUAUCAUGGAAGAUGGGGAUGUGGACAACAGGCCCCAACAAGUUUCGUCCUUACACAACUUGAAAUUUGUACGGGUGAAGGAGUGUGAUAGCUUGAUGUAUCUUUUUUCACCUUCCAUGGCAUUGGGUCUUGUACAACUUCAAGACUUAUGCAUAGAAGAUUGUCCCACGAUGACAGAAAUUGUUACCGGAGAAGACAGGGAUUUUGAUAACCAGCCUCCACUGGUUUCAUGCUUCCAGAACUUGAAAUCCGUACAGGUGAAGCAGUGUGACAGCUUGAUGUAUCUGUUUUCAUCUUCCUUUGCAUUGGCUCUUGUGCAACUCCAAGACUUAUGCAUAGAACAUUGUUAUACGAUGAAAGAAAUUGUCAGGGAAUAUAGGGAUGUGGACAGCAGGCACCCACAAGCUUCAUGCUUCGGGAACUUGAAAUUCAUCCAGGUGAAGCGGUGUGACAACUUAAUGUAUCUGUUUUCAUCUUCCUUUGCGUUGGCUUUUGUGCAACUCCAGGACUUAUGCAUAGAAGAUUGUUAUACGAUGAAAGAAAUUGUCGCAGCAGAGAAGGGAGUUACAGAUGAGAUCAUUUUUCCUCAGAUAACCCGUGUUUCACUUCUGAAGUUGCACAAACUAACAUGUUUCUAUCUAAGUCAGACUCUUGAAAAGAUUCAUGUGGGAGACUCUAAUAAAGUGCCUGGGGUGCUCUUCAAUGAACAGGUUGCAUUCCCUAGCUUGGUGUUUUUGUAUGUCUCUGGGCUGGAUAAUGUGGAAAGAAUAUGGCACAACCAACUGCUUGCAAAUUCCUUUAGCAAACUAAAGGAAAUGAAGGUAGAAAAUUGUAAUGAGCUGCACAAUAUUUCGACAUACAAUGUGUUGAAUUGGUUACCAAGACUAGAGUUUCUUAGAAUAGCCAGCUGUGGAAAAUUACAAGAGGUUUUUGAUCUGGAUGUGACAAAUGUUCAGGAAGAUGUAACAGACAAUCAGUUGAGUCAAUUGGUUUUGGAUGAUUUACAGAACCUGGAGCAUAUAUGCAACAAGGUUCUUGGAAAAAAAUUGUGCUUACAGAACCUGAAAUUUCUCAAGGUGCACAACUGUGGCAGCAUGAAAAAGCUUUUCUCGCCUUACAUGGAACUUGAAGGAGUGAGAGAAAUCAUCAGGCAGGAAGAAGGAGCUGAAGAGGUUAUUGAUAAGAUUGAUUUUCCUGAAUUAACCUCUCUUUCACUCAAAUCCUUGCCCAGUCUGGCAAGUUUCUAUCCAGGAAGCCAUACUCUCAGAAGGGGUGGUCCGGGAGACCAUGGUAUCCUUAUUACAGUGCUCUUCAGUAAAAAGCACAAGUUAGCAUCAUCUAACUUGGUUUCCCUUCCUCAAGCUGUUUCUUAA